ACAUCCAUGUGAGGCGCAUGGUGAAUAGGAGGAGGCUACGAGCCUUCAAUUCUGUUCUGAAAAGACGCACCCAACUGGAAGUUUGUUGAAACCGUAUCCUUUGAAAGUAACUUUCAACCCUCUGUUCUUUUCUUUAUUUAAUUAGCUUCAACAAAGCCCCAUUUUUUUUUCUCCAUCACCAAAUUCUUAGCCAAAAUUUUCAAAAUGGAGGUCGGCAGAGUCCAGGACAUCGCUUCCUCGGUGCUUUACUCCGAUACUCUCCCCGCCGAGUUCGUCCGUUCGGAAACCGAGCAGCCGGGAAUCACCACUGUCAAAGGCCAAGUCCUCGCCGUUCCUGUCAUCGAUUUCACUGACCCAGAUGACGACUCUGUUCUCAGAGCCAUCGACGAUGCCUCUCGAAAUUGGGGCAUGUUUCAAAUCAUCAACCACGAGAUCCCAAAUGAAGCCAUAACCCAUUUGCAGGCCGUUGGGAAGGAAUUCUUCGAGCUCCCACCGGAGGAGAAAGAAGUCUACGCCAAACCCCCUGGUUCCAAAUCCGUCGAAGGCUAUGGAACUAAGCUCCAAAAAGAAAUCGAUGGAAAGAAAGGUUGGGUCGACCAUUUGUUCCACAUAAUUUGGCCUCCUUCUGCCAUUAACUACAAUUUCUGGCCCCAAAAUCCCCCUUCUUACAGGGCAGCGAAUGAGGAGUACAGCAAGCACUUACAUGGGGUUGUGGAGAAGCUGUUUAGAAGCCUCUCACUGGGGCUAGGGCUCGAAGGGCACGAGCUAAAAGAGCGAGCUGGUGGAGAAGAAUUGGUGUAUUUACUGAAAAUCAAUUACUAUCCGCCAUGUCCACGCCCUGAUCUGGCUCUUGGAGUCCCUGCUCAUACCGACAUGUCGGCCAUUACAAUUCUUGUGCCGAAUGAAGUUCAAGGCCUUCAGGCGUUUAGAGAUGGGCAGUGGUACGACGUCAAUUACAUCCCUAAUGCCCUCGUCAUCCACAUCGGGGAUCAAAUGGAGAUUCUGAGUAAUGGAAAGUACAAGAGUGUGUUUCACAGGACGAGAGUGAACAAGGAGAAGACGAGGAUAUCGUGGCCGGUGUUUCUGGAGCCGCCGCCUGAGUUUGAAGUUGGGCCGCAUCCGAAAUUGGUCGAUGAGAAAAAUCCGCCAAAAUAUAAGACGAAGAAGUACAGUGAGUACGCAUAUUGUAAGCUGAACAAGAUUCCUCAUUAACUCUAAUUCCUUAGUCGUCCUCUGUUUGUCUUCUCCGGCCGCCGCGUUCUGCUCACUGCUUACAAUGUCUCAAAUUAUGCAACAAAUGUUAGGGUAACGAUUUUUUUUUUUUUAAAAAAUUAUAAUUUGGUUGGAA